AGCUGCGAGCUUGAGCGGCGCGAGGAGAUGCUAGAGGGCGCCGCGCCGCCAGCACCAUGCGCCCCCCGCCUGCGCUGGCCCUGGCCGGGCUCUGCCUGCUGGCGCUGCCCACCGCCGCCGCCGCCUCCUACUUCGGCCUGACCGGGCGGGAAGUCCUGACGCCCUUCCCAGGAUUGGGCACUGCGGCGGCCCCGGCAGAGGGCGGGGCCCACCUGAAGCAGUGCGACCUGCUGAAGCUCUCCCGGCGGCAGAAGCAGCUCUGCCGGAGGGAGCCCGGCCUGGCUGAGACCCUGAGGGACGCUGCGCACCUCGGCCUGCUUGAGUGCCAGUUUCAGUUCCGGCAUGAGCGCUGGAACUGUAGCCUGGAGGGCAGAACAGGCCUGCUCAAGAGAGGCUUCAAAGAGACAGCUUUCCUGUACGCGGUGUCCUCUGCCGCCCUCACCCACACCCUGGCCCGGGCCUGCAGUGCUGGGCGCAUGGAGCGCUGCACCUGUGAUGACUCUCCGGGGCUGGAGAGCCGGCAGGCCUGGCAGUGGGGUGUGUGCGGUGACAACCUCAAGUACAGCACCAAGUUUCUGAGCAACUUCCUGGGGUCCAAGAGAGGCAACAAGGACCUGCGGGCACGGGCAGACGCCCACAACACCCACGUGGGCAUCAAGGCUGUGAAGAGUGGCCUCAGGACCACGUGUAAGUGCCAUGGCGUAUCAGGCUCCUGUGCCGUGCGCACCUGCUGGAAGCAGCUCUCCCCAUUCCGUGAGACGGGCCAGGUGCUGAAACUGCGCUAUGACUCGGCUGUCAAGGUGUCCAGCGCCACCAAUGAGGCCUUGGGCCGCCUAGAGCUGUGGGCCCCUGCCAGGCAGGGCAGCCUCACCAAAGGCCUGGCCCCGAGGUCUGGGGACCUGGUCUACAUGGAGGACUCACCCAGCUUCUGCCGGCCCAGCAAGUACUCGCCUGGCACGGCGGGUAGGAGUGCAGUGGCAAGAUCUUGGCUCAUCGCAACCUUCACCUCCCGGAUUCAAGCGAUUCUCCUGUCUCAGCCACCUGAGUAACUGGGAUUACAGGCAUGCACCACCAUGCCUGGCUAAUUUUGUAUUUUUAGUAGAGAUGGGGUUUCUCCAUGUUGGUCAGGCUGGCCUCGAACUCCCGACCUCAGGUGAUCUGCCCACCUCAGCCUCCCAAAGUGCGGGGAUUACCGUGUGAGCCACUGCACCUGGCCAGCAAUUUUUUUUUUUUUUUUGAGACAGAGUCUCGCUCUGUCACCCAGGCUGGAGUGCACUGGCAUGAUCUCUGCUCACUGCAACCUCCACCUCCCAGGUUCAAGUGACUCUCUUGGCUCAGCCUCCCAAGUAACUGGGACUACAGGCGUGCACCACCACGCCCAGCUAAUUUUUGUAUUUUCAGUAGAGAUGGGCUUUUACCAUGUUGGCCAGGUUGGUCUCGAACUCCUGGUCUCAAGUGAUCUGCCGGCCUCAGCCUCCCACGGUGCUGGGAUUACAGGUGUGAGCCACCGUGCCUGGCCGCCUUAGCAUUUUGUGUAUGUUUUGAGUGACAACCAUCUGUCGAUAUUGGCAUACUUUGUUUUAUUGGAUGAAUGAAUGAACAAAUGAAUUUAUAAAUCUUGUUCUCCAUACUGUUUACCCAUCAUUUCCCUCACUGGCAGUGUCCUGCCAUAGCAGGCUUCCUGGUGUAGCUGGCACCACAUCCCUCCCUGACACACGGGCUCCUUAUUGCCCAUGCUACCUGCCUUUUUCUCUCCUCCCUUUCCUUCCCUUCAUUCCCCCUGGCUUCCCCUUCCCAACUCUCAGAAUCCCUGGCUGCCUCAAGCACAAGAACAAAGCUGUGCAGAAGGCUGAACCCGGAGCUUGUGCAAGAUGAGGUGGGGAAUGAGCUAACCCAGCUCGAAAGCAGCCUGCUGGUCCCUGGGAGAGACGGCGCUUGGGCCAACCCACCCUCCUCAAGGUGCCCCCCCGCCUCAGCUCUACCCGCUUCCCCAGAUGAACUUUCUCUCCCUCCAGCGCUUCAGAGGAUGCACAGCUGUGUGUACUUGACCCUGAACCUGGGCUAGUGCUGGGGACAUAGCCAGUCUGGCUGAUACGGAGCCCAGGACAGAAAGCUGUCCUCACCCACUUCAUGCACUAGUUGCAUUGGUAUCAAGCAUUAGCUUUAUAACUAUCCCAUUUACUGCAGGCAUAAACCUAUAUCAAUUGGUGAGGGUGGAGGUUAAACUAGAGAAGACAUCAAAGAUGCAUAGAACUAUUAGGCCCCUUCCAAUUAUUGUAGGAGGCCAUUAGUUUGUACUGUGCUCCUGUAAUGGACCCAACAGACCAAACAAAUAUGGAGUCACUCAUGCUAAAUGCAAUUAACUUACAAGUAUACUCCUAAGUUGCAAAAAGUUGUAACAAAUAGCUGAGUUUUGGGGCAGUUACAGCAGCUGAGCAUUCAUCAAUGUAGGUGGCCAGGUGAUUCAAUUAAGGACGCCGAGCUAUAACCAAUUAAGCUGUAUCUACAUCUCACUUCUGUUUUCUAUCCACAAAUACUGCGUGACCAUGUUGCUGGUUGGAGUUCUUUGAAUAUGCUGUGGUUCCGAGGGAUGCCCAAUUCUAGAAUCAUGAAUAAAAGCCAAUUAAGAUCGUUAAACAAAA